UCGUUAAAAAGGUUAGAGGCAGUAUAUACAAACAACAUACAAAUAAACAUUGUAUUUAUUCGAUCGAUAAUAAAAAUUAAUAAAUAUAGUCGCAUUGAGAUUUCUCAAAGAGAACGCGCGUUAAAUUUAUUUAUACGGUGUCUGAUUUAAUGCGCUAUGGAAGAGGUUCUUCAGCAAUUAGGUGUCGGAAUUCGCCCUGUAAACGAUCCCUUCUUCGAAGAUUCUUACAAAGUUUGCAAGGUCUUCCAGAGAAAGGGCGUCACGAUUGAUGACGAAGAGGAACUUUGUCACGAAGUAAUCAAGGAAUUCCCAUGUUAUAUCCCAGGAUGCAAGAACACUUUUCAAACGCUACUUGAUUAUGAAAUGCAUUAUAACAGCUCGCAUCGAUACGCUUGUACAGAAUGUAAAGUAUCCAAACCAAAUCCACGGUUGUUGGAGAUUCAUAUUCAGGAGACUCACGAUGUCUUCUUCAAAGUCUUAUCAGAGAAGCAAGCCAUGUAUCAAUGUUAUGAUUCUGAAUGUGACAUAAAAUUCAACAAUCCAAUCGAAAGGAAGGAACAUUGCAUUAGAGUACAUAAAUUUCCAAAAAAAUAUCGGUUCGACGAUAUGCCGUAUCACACCAAGGAGGAAGAAUCGAAUAAAAUGGAAUUUGAUAUUGUUGACAAUAAAAAAAAGAAGAAACCUACUAAGAUACUCUUGAAUAAAAAUCAGAAAAGUAAGAUGUUCAUAAAAGAUACCACUAGUGCAGUCUGUAAAAUGAAUGAUAGUGUAGAAACAAUUUCAAAUGUAGAAACAAUUUCGUCGACUAACGUAAAAAGUAAAAUAACGCCAUUAGCUUUUAUCCCUAGACAAGUACAAAAAUCCUUUUCAAAGGUACUUACGAAUAGUCAAAAUAGAGAAAAGAAUGUUCUUGAGUCAGAUAGUAUGAUGGAGCUUGCAGAUACAUUGCCUGAUUGAUAAUUUAUGUA